ACUUUUGGGUGGACUCUGUGUGGGGGCCGCGCGGCCGCAAGGUUAACCCGGUAUUUAUACACCCGCUUUCAAUACACGGCCUUAAAUCUUUAUUCCUUUCACGCUUCUUUCUUCUUUUUUGCUUGUGAAUAUCGAGCGAAGCCGCCAAACACCAAAAUAAAACACUCAAAAGGACAAGACGAAGGAGAAAAGAGGAGAAGCCAGCGUAUAAUAGAGCAGUUAUACCGUCGCAGAAGAUGGCCGUCGAGCAGAUCGUCACCGACCCUGCCCUUAUCCCCGCCCUGAAAACUUGUUCGGACACCUUGAGCGAGGCGCAUAAGCUCAUUGCCCUGCUGGAGAAAGGGAUUCAAAACCCCUCGUCGAACCCCAACGAGACGCUACAGGAUGUGUACAAGCAGCAAAGACACGUUUAUUCACUGCUGGCUCAGCUACGUGGACUCAACCGUGAGGCCAUUCUCAAUGUCAGGUCAACCAAGCAGGCCACAGCGGAGGCACGCCAGGAGAUAGACAGACUGCACCUGCAGCUUCAGAACCUGUACUACGAGCAGAGACACCUGAGCGGCGAGAUAGCCGCAUGCGAGUCAUACGAGUACGUGAUUUCAGGCGGGUACCGUCUUCAGUCCGAUCUGUAUGCUGACAAGUAUAAACCCGUUUACAGCCAUAGCUAUCUGUCAUUGCCCCUGAUACCGGUGGAAGAGUUCAUUAGCUUGCAUCCAGAACACGCAAACUCGGACGAACAUGAACUUACGAUUGCCCGAAUUAACCAUGAGCACGCGGAGAGAGAAAAGCUCGAACAGGCCCGCCAGGAACUCUUGAAGAAGAAACAGGCUCUCAUUGCAGAAAACAAAAAGAGAAAGGAAGAUCUAGCCAGUCUAGAUCAGGACUUGGAACGGUUCAUUGAUGCUGCGAAACCUAUCCAGAAGAUAUUCGAAAAAGUCUACGUACCUGUCACCCGGAAGUCAAAUGGAGAAGACAAAUGAGCCCAAACCUAGGAUCCUUGUAUUAUGAUUAUUUGGCUAUGUUCAUAUACCCCGCAUGGAUAAAGGAGUUUUGAGGCAAAAAUAUAUGGAUUCUGAAUCUAAAGGAUAUCUUGUCUCUCUACCACAUAAACCGCUGGGUUUUCCCUGGUUCCUGCGGCCAGUCAAACCCUCUAUACAAAAACACGUAUCCUGUCCCCAAAUUUAUGAGCAGGU